AAUAUAUAAUUUUAUCUCUCUUUUUAUUUUGGCCAUUUAUCAAUGGAAUAAAUUAAAGAAAGUGCCACUUUACUGGAUACAACGUAAGCCACAGAAGGAAUAAAGUCGAAAUGCUAGGACACGCAUUAACAGUAUUUACAGUGGUCAUCUCAUUGACCAAUGUAAAAGUUGAAGGUCAACCAGAUUUCUUUAGACCAGACAGUCCGAGUGACCUGUCCGAAAGUAUUACCGAAGACAUCAGCCUUGCUACGAGCAUUUAUAAUAUAUUCGCAACUGGUGGUAGCGGUUCCUUGACGUACAGAAUACAAUCACAAAACCCGACUGCACCGGCAUUUACCUUGACACCAACUACUUCAUCAGCUGAUCUUUACACACCAAGUGGCACGGCUCUCGACAGAGAAACUGUGGACUUAUUUGAGUUUGUGUUUAGUGUGACAGAUGGUACAGACACAGUGUUAAGUGACACAUUCACUGUGAAUAUUUUAGAUGUGAACGAUAAUGCCCCACAGUUUGAAAAUACUAUAUACACAGCAACAAUCUACGACACUGUGUCAAACGGAUAUUCGCUAUUGACUGUAUCAGCAAGCGACGCAGAUGCCACAACGCAACUUAAAUAUUAUAUCAGAGCCGGAGAUAGCAGCAAUACGUUCGGCAUUGAUCAAUCAUCCGGGCAUCUCACCGUGACAACGUCCACUAAUAUACAAGCUUCAACAACCCCAUCGUAUAUCCUAAGGGUCGAGGUAGAGGACAACUUUGGUACUAACACCGGAACUGCAACAAUAAGUAUUAGUGUUAUAGAUGACCUUUGUGACCCAAAUCCUUGUCAGAAUUCCGGCACUUGCGCACGCGACACAACUAGCUACAACUGCACGUGCACUUCCGGAUGGUCGGGAACAAAUUGUGAUACUGCAAUAAUGGUUCUUGCUGCAUGUCAGGCAUCGGCUACACUUGUAUCUGUCCUCAUGGCGUUCUUGGAUCUUAUUGCACACUAG